CCGCUGACGACUUCUCUCACGAGCCAAUUAUUGGGUGGACGGGUAAGGGAACAAAAAGGUGUGAUAGCAGCGUGACUGACGUUAAUCGUUUCCCGUAUCAGACGUUUUGGCUGCAUGUGGUCACUGAUAAGGUGCCCAAAGUUUCUGAUGCAGAUUGAUGCAAUACAGCCGUACCUCUAAGGGUGGUGAUCGAGAUGGAUGAUGAAUGAAAAAAAAAAGAAUUAAUAAAGGAUCGAUCAAAAAUAAUGCCUCAUCUUCAAAAGCAUAUCAAACACUUCUUUUCCUUUUCUGCAUAAUUGAAGGGGUAAUAAAUUAGCAAAGCAAGAGUUUAUCAGGAACUUUGUUUAAUCGAUUACUACUAAUUACACAAUCCUACCAUCUUUAAAUAGUGUCUGCACGUUGAACUUGAAGUUAUCAUUUCGAGUUCACACUCGUCUCACACAGCUGUAGAGUAAAUUGGCCAGUUGCUGGAGCGGAAUUAUCGUGCAGCACAAGGCAUUACUUUCCUGAAGGCUAAUAAAGCAAUACACAUGUAUCCAUCUGUGCAGUUGUGAGUGAAUCAUUUGUUAAUCAUCUUUUCCGCCUGGUCGCACAAACCAACCGCUUCGCAUUUGCAAGAAGUUAAGUGGCCUCAGUAACACGCGACUUGGCGAACUCAUAACAACGAACAUCUCGCCAACGGGAGACCCGUGUGAUCGUGGCUAUUAAUGUCUUAUCACUAACACUAUCCGUAUCACGCUAGGCCAGUUGUUUGUGUGGAGCCAGUGCGUCUGUCAGUUGUAGAUGAGAAAACCAUCCGCGAUGAUCCCAUUCGGUUGGUUGGUGAAUUUCUGUGUGCUGUUCGUGGUCACCAGUUGUACGGUGUUGCCUCAGACCUUGGGUUCAGCUGCCGGUUCGUCUGGUGUGGUUAUAACAAGGCAGGCAUUGCACAGUGAUCUAUUUCCUCUUACGAUUAUUCAUCUGAACGAUUUCCAUGCCCGGUUUGAGGAGACGAACACGGUAUCAACACGUUGCAAAGUGGAUGAAGGUGAACGAUGUAUUGGUGGUUACGCGCGAGUUGUCACCCGCGUUAAGUCCCUGCAGCGGGAGUAUGCUGAUCGGAACCCUAUCUAUUUGAAUGCGGGUGACAGCUUCCAGGGAACACUUUGGUAUUCACUGUUGCGCUGGAAUGUGACCGCACACUUUCUUAACCUACUUCCGGCUGAUGUGAUGACACUUGGAAAUCAUGAGUUUGAACAUGGAAUAGCUGGUUUGGUACCGUUCCUGGAUGUGAUCGAAAGUCCCGUGGUAGUGGCAAACAUUGACGAUCGGGAAGAGCCUACCAUGCAAGGGAAGUACACGAAAAGUGUAGUGCUCGAUCGUGGUGGACGUAAAAUCGGUGUAAUUGGUGUAAUUCAUCACCUUACCAACACGAUGGGUAUGACGGAGCGUGUGCGUUUUCUGGACGAAGUGGAUCAGUUACGGUUGGAGAUCGAUCGUUUGAAGGAUGCAGGUAUCCAGCACAUCGUAGUACUAUCCCAUUGCGGUCUCGAGAUUGAUCGUACUAUUGCUCGCGAGCUGCCAGAUGUAGAUGUGAUCGUUGGAGGUCAUUCACAUACGUUCCUGUACAACGGUACUACGGACCCGUUUCCUGACGAAGCUGAAGAUACGUAUCCGGUUGUGGUAGAACAUCCUGGAGGUCAAACGACACUGAUUGUACAGGCCGCAUCGUAUGCAAAGUAUGUGGGAAGGAUUACGCUAUAUUUCGACGGGGAAGGUAACGUGCGAGAAUGGGAAGGAAAUCCAGAGUUUUUGGAUGACACCGUACCGCAAGAUCCGGAAAUACUGAGACAGUUGGUUCCCUGGAGAGAGCUAGUCAGUGUACAGGCCAAUCGUCAAAUCGGUUACUCAGCUGUUCUGCUCGCCAAACCCGACUGUGCCCGGGGUGAGUGUAAUUUUGGCAACUUUAUCACGGAUGGAUACAUCGACUAUUUUGCGACGGAAGGACAGAAAUCUCCAAAUUCGGAUCAGUGGACUGAAGUAGCGAUCGCGUUCAACACGGGAGGUGGUAUGCGGACGUCACUAUUUGCUGGAAAUCUAACGUUUGAUGAUCUUGUAACGGCCGUACCAUUUGAAGAUACAGUUGACAGCUUUGAUCUUCAGGGACGGGUUUUGCUGGAAGCAUUGGAGCACAGUGCUAGCCGAUACGGCACGUCCGACAUGAUGCAGAUGUCAGGCAUGAAGGUGACGUACGAUCUGCGUCGUCCUGUUGGGAACCGGGUCGUCUCGGUCAGCUUAAGAUGCCGCUUUUGUCAGGUCCCCCAGUAUGAACCGCUCGAUCCGGAGCGGGUCUAUCGGGUAGCUACCGGGGCAUACAUACGAAAAGGCGGCAGCGGAUAUACAAUGAUUCCCCAGUGGGCCACAAAUUUGUUAAUAGGGCCAGUCGAUAUUGCCGUGCUGGAGCGUUACGUACAAAAAAUGACGCCCAUCAUCAGCGGUACCGAUGGACGUAUUACUGUUAUCGAGUGAAUAAAGAGUAGAAAAUCGAUUUUCUAUCUAAAACGGUAUUGUA